CUCGGCAGUCUGUUCGGCUUCGAUACAUUACCUUUCUGCUCGGAAAGCGCCGCAUGACUUUGACACCGAAACUGACGCAGGAAAUAAGAGCACCAACUUGCUUAUCAGCAUCCCACAAACUCAAUAUGCGUUCUACCUUCUCUGGCACAUUAUCGCUCCUUCUCUUCUCGCACACGUCGCCGUCGGCCCAGUGCGCAAGUCAAUACCGUUGUUGUAGUGCUCUAAACAGCAGUAUUUGCCUAGUAAACAUUGUUGGAACGGUGCCAUAUUGAUGGGAUUCAGGCGCCUCGCAAGGCAGCCACUUCUUGAUAUUCGGAUAUUUGAGUUGCCAGGACUCUUUCUAGAUUGGAUGGGUAUC